AUGGGCAAAAACAUGACCAUAUUGUUUGCUUCAGUGCCUGGUGUGGGACACGUGAAUGCGUGCAUAGGUUUGGCUGAAGUGCUGCUGAGUCGGGGCCACAAAAUAGUCUUCGCUGUCGACCAGUCAUUUGCGGGAAAGUUAUCGCCGUUUGGUUUCAUUGAAGAGACCGUCACUUCCGAUGAGAUGAAGGGUGAGAAGGCCGGGGAAUACUCGGCCACAAAUAUACUAUCGUCAGGAGUGUUGUUUGGCGUAUCAGCGCUGGAAAAGCUGAAAAUAAUGCGAAACCUGUCAAUAAUUGAGGUUUUUGUCGACGCUUUACGGCAAAAUGAGCCCCAAAUGAAGGAAUUUGUGGCCAAACAUAAUCCCGACGUCAUUGUGAUCGACAACUUUGCCGGUUCGCCGGCACUGAUGUACGCGAACCGGCCGUGGGUUGGGGUCUGCAGUAUGAACCCAUUGUUUGCCAUCCCCGACGACAGGACACCUCCGCCCGGUUCUGGUCUUUCAAUGAAUGGAGACAGAGAUGAAUGGAAAGCAUAUGAAGAAGACUCGGGUCAGAUGUUUGCAAAUGCGAGGAAUAACUACAAUAAAUGGAUGAAAGAGAAAGGCUUACCAACUGUUGAGACUAAUAGUGCUUUAAUGCUUAACUCUCCGUAUCUUAAUAUCUAUGGAUUUCCCGAAGAACUCGAUUACACGGAUAUCCGACCCAUACCUCAGAAGUGGCUAAGAGUCGACGCAUUUAUGAGAAGAGGAGAGAAACAAGAGUUUAAAAUUCCCGAUAAAUUCCGUGACAGAGAUGUAGAGAAAAAAAUGGUGCAAAAGUUAACGAUACUGUUUGCUCCCGUGGAGGGCGUGGGACACGUGAAUGCGUGCAUAGGUUUGGCUGAAGUACUGCUGAGUCGGGGCCACAAAAUUGUUUUCGUCGUCAACCCGUCAUUUGCGGGAAAGUUAUCGCCGUUUGGUUUCAUCGAAGAGAUAAUGACUUCAGAGGAAACUAAUAAUAAAAAGCCCGGAGAAGACGGCGCCAGGAGUUUAAUAGAGUCGGGACUCCUCUCAAACGUAACGUCUUAUGAAUCAAUGAAAAUUAUGCAAACUAUAACUUUCUUCGAUAAAUUGGUGGACACAAUGAGGGCUAAUGAACCACAACUUAAGGCUAUUGUCGCCAAACAUAAUCCCGAUCUAUAUAUCAUCGAUGACUUCGCCGGCUCUCCGACACUAAUCCACUCAACCAAACCCUGGGUUUCCCUCUUUAGUGGGAAUCCAUUGUUUGUCAUCAAUGAUGAGAGGACUCCUCCCGGGUCUUCGGGCUAUCCUUCAAACGGUGAUCGAAAAGAAUGGGAAAAAUUCAAAGAAUUAUCAAAAGACAUGUUUAAAAAUCAGAGCUUUAAAUAUAAUGAAUGGAUGAAAGAGAAAGGCUUUCCCGUAACGACUAAUAACCGAGCAAUUGAUGACUCGCCUUAUCUUAAUAUCUAUGGAUAUCCAGAAGAACUCGAUUACACAGAUCUCAGACCACUUCCAGAGAAGUGGUUAAGAGUCGACGCAUUCAUGAGAAGAGGAGAGAAACAAGAGUUCAAAAUUCCCGAUAAAUUCCGUGACAGAGAUAUAGAGAAAAGACUUCUCGGAGACACAUAUGAAUUGGCGGACAAUAUGUGGGGCGAGAACUCAGUUCCGCAGACAAAAGUGUUGCCAUUAGUAGAUGUGGUCAUAACACACGGCGGGAACAACUCUGUGACCGAAACAUUCAGUUUUGGUAAACCAAUGAUAAUAAUGCCAUUAUUUGCCGAUCAAUACGAUAACGCACAGAGAGUUAUGGAGAAGGGAUUUGGGAUUAGACUUAAUCCGCACACCGUUUCAGAGCAGGAAUUGCUUAACUCUAUUGAAAAGCUAUUGAAUGAUAAAGAAUUAAAACACAAAUUAUCCGUCGCUUCAAAACGUAUGCUUAACUCCAAUAGCCUUCAAAAAGCCGCCGAAAAAAUUGAAAAUCUUAUACAAUAA